GGGGCGCGGCAGGUCCGUGUGUUACGCCCACCCAACGCUCUCUUGCGACCCAGGCCAUCACCCCACCGGCUCUUGCUCUCAAUUUCCACUCACGCGACUGACCACUGCCUUCGCCUAUACAAGCACCUUCCACCAGUUUUUCAGGACCACAAACUUUUCUCAAGCGGGACAAGCACCCACUCUCGACACCCAACCUUCACCGUCCACCACCACCGCCCACCGCCCACCGCCCACCGCAGCCCUAUCCUCGCCUAUAGAGACGUCUCAGCCUUACCCUACCCGGAGCCGAACCGAAGGAAUGUUACAAGAAAGCAUGACGUUCAAGUCGGAGUCGACGUCUGGCACCACGUCCAGCAAGGCGAGUAGCCUGUUCGACCUGGACCAGAACGGCGACAAGUCUAUCCUUGUGUACAAGUAUCGCUCAGGCGCAAAGGGCCUAGAGGUCAAGACUGAGCGUGAUCUCUGCACUGAACUCGACCAAGAUCCGUCAUUACCCUUCAUACGCGUCACCAAGAAGCCUAUACCGCGCGGCAACAGUCGGCUUGACAUCCUCAACGAAGACCUACUCGCUCCCUCGGAACGCGAAAAGUACGCAGAGAAGCCUACGCUCAAGGCUUCCGUCGCAAAUGUGGGACUGCCCACGCUCGCCAAGUGGAAACACAUGAUAUUGGGCAGCUACGACGACCUCUACAUCGUCUCGCGCUCGCAUACACUGUCGCCUGAGGCAAGCAAGAACAACAGUCCAGAGUCGAGCCAGCACGUCAACUCGUUUCCUAGAGAAGCGGUCCACAGUGACGAGGCAUAGGUGCGUCGCAGGACUGAGCUGGAUGCCGUUGGAACAGGCGACUGGGCGAUGGACGUCUAACAUCUCUUGCGUCGUCAAUGACGUUCGGCCUUCACAUGACUGCACGCUCGUUACACGACUAUACGUUUCCCACCUAUCAUUACGCGAUACCCAAUGAGCUUGGCGCUGGAUGGAGUUUACAUUGUUUUGGUUUCCUUUGGUCCUUAUGUUGUCUGUCGCUGUUGGGUAGGAACGAGUACACUGCGUAUUUUUGAAUCGGGAGUGCGUAACUCUUAAUUAAACAACCAUUAACAUUAGCCGCUAUCAAGACA